GCAAGCUCUCAACCACAGGCUUGCCCUGGAGAGUUAACAGUAUGGCCAAGUCUAAGAUAUGUUGGGGCUUCGCCCAACGCGGAAGAUGCAAGUUUUCAAACUGCAGAUUUUCGCACGACGUCAACAGAGCAGAACCAACCGAGCGCAAAAAGCCCGAACUCACCAGUAGUGAGCGAGACUUUCGUGCCUGGAGGAACGACAUACCGUUGAAUAUACCCUAUGCUCGUCCGCUGGAAAGUCGCCUUGGAUCAUUUUUUGAUGAAGCUAGGAGGCUUAUCGAUGAAGGGGAUGGUGUCCUGCAAGAUGUUGUUCGAGCUUUUUCUACCGAGGGAGGUCUCAGACGUAUUCAAGAGCUUGUUGAAUACGACUACAAUCGCAUACCGGCUGCCGCCAGACCCAGUGUUUUCAGGGCUCAGAUGUUGCCAUUUCUGGAGAUUAUUACAAACCCGAAUGUCUUUGAAUCACUGGUCUUGGAGCAAGCAGUUGGAACGAUUUACAAUGUUCUCUACGGUAACUCUGGAAGACGAGGCGUUGUCCUUCUUGGGUUCCUCGCGGAUGUGUUUUCAGUCUCCAAGGGAGAGAAUCCGACAACUGAAACUCUCAAUCACUUCGAGUUGUCACUCCUCGUCUUCUGGCAGAUUAUCAGACUGAACUCUCUUGCCUUUGUCCACGAGCCUUUCAAACCUGUGGCAAUGAAGUUUGAAGAGAUUUUCAAGGAGUUUCAUUCGGAAGACACCGUCAACUUUCUCCAGACUUCCAGGGCCCAUCUGGAGCGUAUUUUGCGCCAUCUCGACAUUGGAAGCUCUCUACCGACAGUUGAUGGGAUGCAGCAACUCGUCAAGAAAAACCACCAACCCGAAGUCUCAUUCGUGACCACUUACGACCCACCGGGCGGACGUCACGAUAAUGACACUGCGGACAUUUGCAGGGUUCAGAUAAUGCCUACGAUUGAGGAGAUCCUGUCAUCACGGAAAAAUCGCGAGGAGUGGUGGCAGAGGUCCAAGCGGCUGCAGUCAGGUGCUUUGGUGUGUCUUUGCUUCGGGGCUAAGAAUACCGUCUUUUGUACCGUCGCUGGACACCCAAGGCCGCGGCGAAACAAGGACGGAGAGAUGGUUCCCCCGAAGAAAAUGUCCUCCCUUUGGGAAGAGAAAGAGACGGCGACCGUGCUGCUGGAGCUGGCGCAGCUGUCGGACGACAAAGUGAAAUGUAUCCUCAGUCAGUACAAAUCGCGGAUGGCUGUUGCGCUGUCGCUCGUCGAGUUUCCCGGGAUACUCCUAGCAGCAUUCGAGCCGACACUCCGUGCUCUUCAGCAAAUGAAGAGAAGUGACGACCUGCCAUUUCCUCAGUUGCUUAGUCCGUUAGACCCUAAAGGCCAGUCCGGGACGAUAACGCCGCCGCCGCCAGCAUAUGCCCUCAGGAACGGAUUCACAUUUGACUUGAGCUGCUUGUUAAAGGAUCCCACAGUCCCUUUCACAAUGCGGCCCGGUGAGCCGGUCGACAUUGCAAGGCUGAAAGAGUAUUCAACAUUGGACAACGCUCAAGCAGUUGCGGUAGUCAACAGUCUCCAGCGCUGUAUCGGGCUCAUCCAGGGACCACCCGGAACGGGAAAGAGUUAUACGGGAGUUGCUCUGACCAAAGUUCUCAUCCAGGCUCUCCUUGCAGGCAAGAGAGGUCCCACGAACAGAAGAAGAGCUGGAGAGGAUCUUGGUCCGAUUAUCUGUUUGCUUGAGGAUCUGCUGGAGAAGAGAAUCACCACUCAAAUCGUCCGCAUUGGUUCCCGGUCGAAAUCCGAGAAGCUCGAACAGUUUAACUUGCGGAAUAUGUCUGGACAGAAAAACAAAACCAAGGCGGAGAAGAGGGACGAGUGGGAGCUUCAUAAGGAUCUUGAUGACAUUGGAAAAGAGUUCGGUGGCUUGUCGCUGGAAUCAACGAAUUCAGAGGGCAGGUUGGAAUCCUUUCUUGAGCGUCGCUAUCCCAAGCACUACCGCCAAUUGUACGGAAAGGACGAGCAAGGCUAUGAACGAGCACGGGCCUCUAGAAAAGGUCCUGUCUUCAAGGGAUGGCUCAACCACGGCGGAGUCAAAACUACAAGCGAGCCACGUUCUCUGGCGGCACUGCAAGAUGCUCACGUCGAUUCCAUGUCACAGCAGGAGAGGCAGAGACUUCACGAACAUUGGAUCGCAGAGAUCCGACGCGAUGCUCACGAUACAGCAAGUAAUCUCCUCGAACGCCAACGACGUACCAAAGUUCAGUUCGACAAUAUCCGCGACGAGCUCAAUAUGCGUUGUCUCCGCGAUGCACAUAUCAUCGGAGUGACAACCACGGGUCUCGCCCGCAAUCUGAACAUGCUGCGUCGACUGAGACCCAAAAUCGUCCUGUGUGAAGAAGCCGGUGAAGUGCUGGAGUCCCACCUGUUGACGGCUUUGCUGCCAUCGGUCGAGCAUCUUAUUUUGAUCGGUGACCACAUGCAGCUUCGGCCGCAGGUGCAGAAUUACGACCUUUCGCGGGAGAAUCGCAAUGGUGGCGAGCAGUACUCACUGGACGUGUCGCUUUUUGAGCGUCUGGUGAAUCCAGAUGAAGGGACUGGCGUUCGCGUGCCGUACAGUACCCUCGAGACACAGCGGAGAAUGCACCCGUCGAUUGCUCAACUCGUUCGCGAGACACUCUACCCACGUCUGGAAGAUGCUUCAUCCGUGUCACAGUAUCCCGAGGUUAGUGGGAUGCGCAAACGACUGUUUUGGUUAGAUCACCGUCACCAGGAAGGGAACAGUUCCAAGAACGAUGCUUUGGGGACGUCCCACAGGAACAGUCACGAAGUUGAAAUGACAAUCGCCCUAGUCAACCACUUGGUCCGUCAGGGUACAUACAAGAGUGGCGAUAUCGCUGUCUUGACACCCUAUCUAGGUCAGCUGCAUCUCCUCCGGAACGGACUUCGGGAGUUGUUUGCCAUUGAGCUUGGGGAGAGAGAUGAAGUAGACCUGGAUAAUGCAGGGCUCAAUGACGAAGUCCCAGAGAUUCAGCAACGGGUAGUCAAGACCAAUCUCUUGCAGACGCUUCGGGUCGCCACGGUCGACAACUUCCAGGGUGAAGAGGCAAAGGUCAUCGUGAUAUCCUUGGUCAGAAGCAACGAUCAGAACCAAUGUGGUUUCCUUCGAACUUCGAACCGGAUCAACGUGCUCCUCUCUCGGGCAAAACAUGGAAUGUAUAUUGUCGGCAAUUCUGCGACGUCAAUUCACAUUCCGAUGUGGGCACAGGUUAUCGACAUCUUACGGCGGAAUGGUAACUUCGGCACCAGUCUGGAGCUCCAGUGUCCGCGUCAUCCAGAUCAUCCGAUUGCCGUCUCUGAGCCGGACCACUUUCUGCAGUACUCGCCUGAAGGAGGCUGCAAUGAGCGCUGUGUGAACCGACUGAAGUGCGGGCAUGCUUGCAAGCGAAAGUGCCAUUCUGCUAUUCUCCAUGACGCGUUACCUUGUCAAGAACCGUGUCCGAAGGUGGUGAAGGGAUGUGAUCACUCAUGUCCUAAGCUAUGCGGCGAUCCGUGCCCGAUCAAAUGCAUUGUCAGUGUCCACCAGGCUGGUCGGAGAUUGCUUUGUGGUCAUAUCGCGGAGGAUUUGCCCUGCUGGCAGGCCCAAAACGUGUCUCUCGUUAGGUGCACGAAACCAGUUGAAAAGCAAGCCCCUGGAUGCGGUCACAAGGUAAUUGUUCAAUGCUAUGUGGACGUUGCGAGAUCCGGAUACCGGUGCGAUGCGCUUUGCAAAGCGAGUCUGGCCUGCGGCCAUACCUGCAAGCGACUGUGCUGGAAUUGUACGGUGCAUACUCCUGAAGGAGUCAUUGUGGACCACGGCAAGUGUCUCCAAGUAUGUGGCCGGGGUCAAUCGACCUGUGUCCAUGCGUGCAAUCAAACCUGCCACGGGUCGGAGCCAUGUCCUCCAUGCAGCAUGCCCUGCGAGAUCCAGUGUGCUCAUUCGAAGUGCCCGAGACUCUGCGCAGAGCCCUGUACUCCGUGCGCCGAAUCGACAUGUCUCUCAGCGUGUCCACACAGCCAGUGUUCCAUGCCCUGUGCCGCUCCAUGUGACCAUAUACCUUGCACCCUUCGCUGCGAGAAACGCCUUUCUUGCGGUCAUCAGUGCCCGUCAGUUUGUGGAGAGAUUUGUCCUCCAAGCGAGUUCUGUCAAAAGUGCGCCAGCCCUGAGCUCAAGAGGGGCGUGGUCGACUUCAUUCUGGCUGAGACAUAUGCCGAAAUCAACCUCAACGAAAAUCCGUGUAUCUUUCCUCGCUGCGGCCAUUUUCUGACGAUCGAGAGUAUGGACGGCCAAAUGGAUAUGAAGAAGUACUACGCGAUGGAAGGUGACAAACCCGUGGCUAUCCGCUCGUCAUCGGAGCCGUUCUCCGUAGACGAUAUCAAACGAUGCGCUAGAUGCCGUGGCUCAUUGAGAAAUUUGUCAAGAUAUGGCCGUUUAGUUCGCCGCGCUAUUCUCGACGAGUCGACCAAGAGGUUCCUUUUGUAUCUCAAUCGGGAAUAUGUGCCUCUUGCGCAGGAGCUGCCGUUACAAUUGGCAGCGGUUCUCGAGAACAAGAGCGAGCUUUCACCAUUACUGGCUAGCGAACAGAUUACCAUUAACAUCGGCGGUUCUCGUGACAAACAGUUCCGACAGAUGGCUGAGAUCAUCCAGAAAUACGGUGGAAAUCGAUGGAGACAAGUCACCAAAUUGCGAAGCCGCAUCGUUCAGUACUACAAAACCGUCGAGGAGGAAGAACAGCCCUUCUCUCGUGUCCAAGCUCUUGUCGAAAGCGCCCGCAGACGCAAAGGGGCCAGCGGAAGUUUCGAAUUCGAUGGCAGUGUCGUGCAGACGAAGGGGGUGUUCCUCGCGACUACCCUCCUCAUGCGCCUGGACAUUAGCUUACUCGGCGAUUUUCUAUCACUUUUUCAGAUCAGCCGCACGGGGGUGAAGGGAUGCAAGCUGCAGAUUAAUCUACAAGCGACCCGAGAGGAAUGCAGAAGUUUGAUCAAACGAGCCGGAAAUGCCAUGCGAGUCGCGCACGAGGUCGAGGGAUACAUUUUCCUGGCCCAACUGCAUGCACUGGAACGAUCGCAGACUGAAGCUCCGACUGAGAGAGAGAAACACGCCCAGCAAGCGCGCGAGGCGAUCGCACCGGCCAGGAAACUAUGCCAUCGAUACCCCGGGCAGACCAAUGGACUGGGAAGCGAAAUCGACGAUGCGGAAGAGAUGCUCAAAUUGGGAACAUUCUACAGCGGUGUGACCAGUGAGGAACGUCUGGAGGUUAUUGCUGCGAUGGCGCGCGAGUUCCGGGGCACCGGACAUUGGUAUUACUGCCAGAACGGCCAUCCUUUCACCAUUGGCGAGUGUGGGGGAGCGGUGCAAUUGGCAAUAUGUCCGGAGUGUGGCGCGCGUGUUGGAGGUCAAGGCCACCGAACCGUGGACGGGGUGACUCGGGCGGAUGAUUGGGAGCAGGAAUUGGGACAGUUGAGGAUUUGA